GCGGUGUCACACAUGGAUGUUCGAAAGAUUCUCCUCUAUUCAAUGAGAGCUGCACACGGUGACUCUGAGUGAUGUCGUUCUCUCCCCGAGAAACGAAUGCGGAGAAGGGGGGAACUGCCGCGUUGGCGAUUUGCAGACCUCCGACAGGUGUGUACGAACCAGGCGAUCUCUGCUAACAACGGCUGCGACUUUCAAGGACCAUACCACUCGGCCUCACUUGCACCUUCCUCCUCAGACACACUCUCGAGAGCCAGCGUCCUUUACCGCACCAAAAAAGGAGAAGUGUAGAAGCGAGGAGGACUGUGCAGACGGUUGUCUCAGCUUUCUCGCCGGGGUGUGUCUGCUUUUUAUUCGCAACUACACUAUCUACACUAUCUCGAGGCGUCCCGUAAAGACUUCAACACCCCCCGAAGGCACUGAGAAAAAACGUUACCAGAGACGAAGGCAUGCUGCCUUUUAGGGAGAAGCAGAGCGGGAGCAACUGACAUGUCGCAGUUCCGGAGACAGACGCCUGGCACACACCCCCUUUCAAAGACCGUGUUGGUCGGGCGGCCAGGUGUAACGAUCGAAGUUCACCAGUUUCAGCUGUGUAGACAGUCUAGGGCGUUUGCUGCGGGAGUCAGACGGUCCUGAGUUAGUUGGUUGGUCUCGCUCCGUACUGGAACCCGAGUAAGAACAAAUAAAAAGAGGAAAGGGAGUACGGCAGGCAGGGUGGAAAAGUGUAGAACCCGCAGCGUGCUUGACGACCGCUACACUCUGAUCCUUAUCCCCACAGCUUCGACGGAGAAGUGUAGGCGCGAACAAGCUUCUCAGCGAUGGAAGUUACGACUGUUGCUCUUGCAGGUACUAAGAUCUCAAUUCGAGAUGCAGCUGCGCGGCUGGUUGAGCGACUUGUCGAUGUCUAGGUCUCGUCCAGCUGCUUGAGAGUGAGAACUUUCCUUUUCCCCGUGAGAGAAGACCUUUCUCAGAAACAAGAGGAGACCUCGUUGGAACAUGCUUAGGAAGGAAACGUGGACACGGUGUGACCACAUGCGUUCGAAGUUCCACUUGCGAAAGUUUCUCUGGCCUCUCCGGGCACCCGACUCCCAGCGAACAAUCCAAAUAAACAGUGUCGCUAGUCUUCGCGGCAAGGAAGAGGAAAACGCUGGAGACCACAAGUCUCUGCGUUCUCGUACAUCGUCUCAUUUGAAUCCGUCUGUCUCACCGAACGGCCUUCCCUUGUUGAGCAGUAUUUAAAAUCGCCUCGGUGAUUCGCCGCGCGGACUUAGCGUAUACGGAUGAUGGGGUUCCCCGAAAACAGAGACCCGACAAAAACCAGGAGCGAAGGAAGAAGGACAGGAAGUCUGGAGAGACUGCAUUGUUUAUCCUCAUCUGCUUUUUGUUCUGCACACUUAGAAGGAGUUGAGGGGGUACGAUGUGACCUGCUCCACCGCAUCGCAGCUCUCAAGUUUCUCGCGCCUGCGCGGUAUUUUCGACGAGGAGAGCGCUAGCGAAGAACAGCGAAAAGACAGACUCUCUGCUGUCCGCAUCUCUUGUCCCUGCGAAAUCUUCCACGUCUUGUGCUUUCCAAGUUUCUUCGAUGCACAUCUCAGUGGAACGCGUUCCCGAAGGCGAGAUGUUUCUUCGUCUUUUCUUGACUCUCGAAAGAAGUUUGCUUUUCCCGCUUUUCAGCUCCCUUUUUUCCACCCAACUCUGUGACUUUUCGCCCUCUGAACUUUCGCCGUGUUUCGCUGCUCUGCUCUGGCGCUUGCUUUUCCUGUUUCUGCCCUUCUCACUUGUUCUCUCGAGUUCCACGUCACUUUCGUUUCCUUCCCUGUCAUUGCGGGGACGCAGACGCGCUCAAAAUCGCACUGACUGGCGCGGUUGCCACGGUGCUUUCGCUGUCUCCCGCGUGUCUCCCCUGCCUGGGAGCGAACGCGGCGGCUCCGACAGGUGGCUAUCCUCUCUCCGCGUUUUUCUUUCUCCGCUUUGCCUUCUCUUCGCUGGUUUCCUUCGCUUCCGUCCUCUCCCAUCUCUGCCCUUCUCCUUCGCCCGUUGCCUUUGUGCCUUCUCCUGGCUCUGCUGCCGUCUACCUCCGCUACUACAGCGUCGUGUCUGCUCUUGCCACACAACGCCGCAGAGCCGCCGUGAAGGGCCUCUCUCUUUUCUCUCUUUUCUCUCUUUUCUCUCUUCUCUCUCUUCUCUCUCUUCUCUCUCUUCUCUCUCUUCUCUCUCGAGUUCAACAGACCAGCAGAAAACGCACAAAACGAGGGGGGCGUCCACCAGCACGGCGUCACGGAGACCGAGGGGGAGACCCCCGCUGCCUCUUCUCCCCGAUGUCUUGCGAAGACCUUCGUCGUCGGAUUCCUGCCUUCUUCGGAGUCUCUUAUGCCCUUCUUUUCAGAAGGCCUGUCAGCAGGGAAACGUAGGAACAUUCUCUCUCACCAGCCGUUUCCGCCGCUCGACUUCUGUCAUUCUGACAACAACACUCUCCUCGACAUCUCCCUCACUCUUCUCCUUGUCUCCUCCCUUUGUGUUUAUCCAUCUUCUCCCUUCGUCGCUUCGGCCUCCGGUCUUUUAUCUCUUUCUCCCACUGUCCUCGCCCCCGAUGAAUUAGAUCCUGGCGAAGGGCGCCAUCUCCGAUGGAUCCCCCGGCGCGCCUCCAGAGCCUUGAUCAGCGCCUGGGGCCUUCGCCCCAGUGUGGGGACCUCGCGGCUGAGCUCGAGGGCGGACCCUGGGCCUCCUGCGCCACGCAGAUCGCCCCACAGUCCCUGUCUCCUCGCCGCGGAGACAGUGGCCCUCGAGACGCGCCAGCCCACACACAGGCGCAGUUCUACGACCGCGUGGGUUUCGCCAGUCGCGCGAACAGCCACCUAGUGCCGCAGCGAGAGCUCUACGCGCAUGCAUGCGAACCAGUGGGCCUUCCGCCGACUCAGGGCAUCGGCCUCUCGCAGAACUGCGAACGCUUCUUCUCGCCCAACGCCCAGACUCAGUGCGGGUCUGAACACCCAGGUGCAGCGUUUCAUGCGGGGGCCGAGGCGAGGCCUCUGUGGAGAGAAGGCGCAGGCGCGGGCCUUCUGCCUGGAUGCGCCGCCAGCGUCUCUCUCCAGCACCUGCGAUUCAAUCAACAGAGACAGAGAGCAGCGGUGUUUGCCGCCAUGCACGAAGCUGCGAAUCUUCCUGAGUUUUAUCGAGAACGAAGCAGUGCUGACGCCGCUGCUCUUCCUCUUCAUCCUUCUCUUGCUCCUCAUCCUUCUCUUGCGCCUCAUCAGUCUGUAGCUCCUCAUCAGUCUGUAGCUCCUCAUCAAUCUGUAGGUCCUCAUCCUUCUCUUGCGCCUCAUCAGUUUGUAGGUCCUCAUCCUUCUCUCUCCCCUCAUCAGUUUGUUGCUCCUCAUUCUUCUCUUGCGCCUCAUCCGUCUGUAGCUCCUCAUCAAUCUGGGGUUGCUGCGUUCAGCUUUCCUCGCCAGGACGCGGGUCAAAGUGAAGGAAGCGGCUGGUCGCUCCCCGCGGGGACGCGCAGAGGCGAAGGAGACAGUGGCCCCGAGAGAAGCGAGACAGAGCAGCAGGUCGAAAACGAGCACCUGGGGGAAGAAGGCAAGCGAGAGGAGCACAUGCAUGUGAGAGGAGGCGGAAAGGGGGCGAAGAAGAAAGGCGGCGGAGAGACGAGGCCGCGAGCACGAGCGCCGAAAGGGAGGCCGGGCGUAGGGCCUGCUCUUCCGGAUCCUGUUCGCCACUCCAGAGACGGUGGCGGAGCUCCGCCUCAGUCUCUCAGCAGGCCUGCAGACGCCGAGGGUGUAAACCAAGAAGCCUGUGCUCCCUUCGAGACUGAAAGGGAUUCCGCAGGGCUCUCUCGAGUCGACGACGAGAGCGUGGCUUCUAAGAAGUCGACCAAGCACCUAGGCUUGAGUUCCCUCCCGACGCGAGGCGCGGAGACUCGCUGUGGACCUCGAGGAAUAGAGAAGACCUGGCCUCGCCAAGAAGGCGCAGAAGGUCUUGCGUGCAAGAUAGGUAGGGGUUCAAGGAGAGGAUCGUCGGAAUCAACUGUCAGCUCUGCAGACUGGUGUUCUCUGAUCCCGGACGAUAUCUACAACUCGUUCUCUCUGCUUGAAUCCACUUCAGCCGCCUCCACCCCCCAGCUGCGUCCUACAAACCCGAUCGAACCUCAGAGAGACCGCGACACCCACAGUCCACCGUCCUGUCGCUUACCUCUCCGUCUCCCGCCCUCCUCUUCUUCCUCUUCUUCCUCUUCUUCGUCGUCUUCCUCUUCUUCCUCUUCUUCGUCUCUCUCUUCUUUAGGUGCGAGGUCGGGUGCGCGCGUUUGUCCUUCCUCUCGUUCGUCGACGUCGGCGAGUGAAGAGGCGGCGGCGCUCCGCGCUGUCUUGUCUGCUCUCGGAGAAAGUCGCAUGAAGGGGGGCGCCCGAGGCAGCUCGCGAGCUUCGUCUGUCGCUGUGGAAGUCCCCGCGUGUCUAGCGGCUUCUCGCACUCUGGCGACUUUCUUUGAGCACAUCCUGUCGGUCGACGACUUCGCUUUCAUGGCCGCGAAACACAGCCCGGGUCUACCGGCGCUGAAUCCCGUCCAGCGUCUCGAGGCUCUCCAGCGACUCUGCUGUUCGCUCACGGCAGCGCUACAUGCUCACCAGGCGCUACGGCUCGACGCGGGCAUGCGAAUCGGCGGAGCUUUCUCCCGAGAGGCAGUGGACUCAACUGGGUGUUCUGCUCCUCUAGGACCCGACAGCCUGUCUCCGCUGGGUCUCCUCCAAGGCGCGGGUGCGCCUGGAGCGGAGACGAGCUCGCGAGGUGAGUUGUGGGGCCUCACGACCGCGGUCGAGAGACGGCGCCGCGGCGGCGGGCCCAGCCAGGAGGCUGGCGCGUCGGGCGAGGGUGCGAGGGCCGCAGAGGUCUGGCGAGGAGGGAUUUCUCCUCAGAAUGCGCCGAUUUUUUUGCGGUGUCGACAGGAACAGCUUCUGCAUCAAAUGCGAAAGUGGCGCUCGGCCUUCCCGCAGCCAUUCGACAUGGAAGGGUCCAGCUUCAUCCCGCGGAAUCUGAGAGAAGCUCGAGUUGGAGGCGAAGGGACCGGAACGAAGAUCGAGUCUUCCAGGCGCCUCGCGUCGCUGCUCGUCUCAGCCUCGCCUGUGACCGACUCGUCGCAGCCGCCUCCGGAGAGACUGAGGUUUGCAGGCGUCGGCCUGGAGUCGCCAGCUGAGGCUGGGGCCUUGGGAGCUCGAGACGGAGAACGAGACGCCGUGAAACAACCUGAUGGAGAAUUUGUAGGCGGCAAAGUCGAGCGGAAGGGGGAACUUGAAGCCGGUUCCCGAAGAGGCGAACAGGGCGUGGUGUCUCACCUCCAGAGGCUUCGCGCGGAAGGCGAGACCUCAGAGAGGGGUCAGCUGGAAGGGGGCUUUGAAACGCAUGGGCAGCGUCGCCCUGAGUGUCAGGAGGACAGCAAGAGGCAGGAGGAACACACGGAGCGAACAGGGGAACAACUAUUUUCGCAAGGGAGCGAAACUCCCGGAUUCGGCGUGGCUGAAGUCCCCAGAGUUACUGAGGUGAAGCCUGAAGUGGAGACAGGAACAGUGAAUGGUGAGAAUAAGAGCGGGGGCGACGUGGAGCGUUCACUGAAGAGGAAGAAAAAGGAUAGGAAGAAGCGGCGCGAGUUGUCUGCAGAGUCUGACGGCGACGUGGAACACAAGGGCAAGAAGCGCGGUCGGGAACAAAUGCGGCCUCCGACCUCCGGAGGAGAUGCGUCGGACGCCGAGGGUUUGUCUCGGGGGGAGACAGACGAGCAGGUCGAGCCCAAGCGGAAGCGUAAACCAAGAAAAGAAGCUGAUCUCGAGCCCCUUUCUCCGUCGUCAGUGGUGAGGCGCUCUCAGGUCUCCACAGAUCCUGCGAGUCCGGAGUCGUGUAACCGCCUCUCUUCCUCUCUUCCCUCGGGGGCGCCCCAGGGCGAGAACCUGUCGCGCGAAGAGAAGAAGAAGACCAAGUUCGCGGAGGCUUCAGCCCUCGAGUGCAGAAAGAGAGAGAAGAAGUUCUUCGUUGCCGACUCCCGAAGUCGAGGGGGCGAAGGAAUGGGCCCGAGUUCGGGGUCCUUUAUUCUCGACGCGAACACUCCACGAAUUCCCCGAAAGAAAACCAGAAUGCUCGAUGACUUGGAAGAUGAGCCAGUCGCGGGAUCCGUUGGGGGCCAAGAGAAAAGGGGGACGCGCCCGAAAAGCCUUGAGGAAGUCGAUCCGUGGCUCACGGGCCCUGCACCGCAGAAGUUCCCCGAGUCGCCGCAGGCGCGAAUCGGCGAUGUCUCCGUCGGUCCUACUCUCUCCCCUCGACACGGUCCCCAGCCGAGCCCCCCCGCUCGUGCGCUCCCUCAGCGCCCUACGCCACACCCAGAGUUUCCGCCCGCGUCGCAAGCUGCCUUUCCACGCUUCAACCGGCCUGGCCCGGCGUUCGGCUCCGACCGCGAGGGCAGCCAGGCGUCGCGGUGGGGCAGUGGAGCCCAACGGGCCGGUCGACCCGGAGACCCUGUCUCCGGGGAGGUCGGCUGUCAGACGCUGACGAGUGUUGGGUGCCCGAAGCGGGGCGAGUGGAAGGGCCCUCGCCCUCGAGGUUUCGGCCACCAGCGGCCGCCGUUCCUCCCGCGUGACGGCGAGAGGGCGGCCGAGACCCGCGACACCGGACAGUUUGGCGCCCAGACCCGCGGGCCCUUUUGGGCUCUGCCCGGCGGCGGGGCGAGUUCCGCCGCCCCCGAGCAUGGGCCUUCGCCCCAAGCAGCCAGGGGCCAGCGCCUGCGCCCGUCGAUGCACCUCAUGGGCCAAGUCCUCUGUGAAGCUGCGAUUCCGCCGCCACCGCCCCCCGAGACGCCUCAGCGCGGGCCAGGACGAAACCCAAGCCAGGCGCACAUGCCGCCUGUCCCUUUCUUCUCUUCUCUCCCCUGCGACCCACGGCGCCCUCCCGGAUUCUUCGCGCCCUUCCGGCCGCCGGCGGGGCGCGGAGGGCAGCCCCGGGGCCCAGAGAGUGCGGCGGCCGUGCAGGCCGAAGCGAAGGAGAGAGGAGCCUUCUACGGAAGGCCCGGCGCGCCCCCUCAGACGGAGACUCACCAUGUGGGGUACCACGGCUGUGGUUCUGCGCGGAGAGACCGGACGCGGGACGAGGAGGAAGAGGAAGAGGGCGAGGUCUCCGACGGGAGUGGUGGCGAGAGAGACAACAGCGCGGGGCCUGCCGCGCCUGGAAGCAAUACGUCCGUUGGAAGGCCAGGCGGCGGCGCAGGCCCCCACCAUGGGCAUCUGGGGUAUCGUGGGGCGCGCGACGGAGGAGACGGAAGAGAUGAAGAGAAGAAAGAAGAAGGAGAAGAAGACUGAGGACGCUUCGGUGGACGAAACAAACGAAACAGAUGGGUGUUUUUUCGAUUGCACUCUGCGUGUUUGUGCUCGGCCGCCUCUCGAGUCUUACGUUGCGCUUUGCUGUGUCUCUUCUGUUCGUCGCUGCGUCUCCAGCUCGUUCUCACCUGCCUGCUGCCUUCUCCACUGUUCUUGCUUUCAAACUCGCUGUAUCUCUUCUCUCUUUCCGUCUGGCGUGAGACGUCUUCCUCUGUGUCGCCGCGCUCUGCGGUUAACUUGUCAUCACGUCUUCAUUUGCUAUCCAUAUUUCGUGGAUUGCCUUCGCUGCAUUGCCACAGACAGACAGACCCUCGAAGCCUUCCCCGGGAUGGCAACUCGUGGCGAGCACAGGCGGAGACGGAAGCGAGUUUCGAACAGAUUCGCUAGCCGGAUCGGCUGGGAAGAAGAGUUUCUGAAGAUGCAAGAGGCAGUCACCUGCGCCGUUUUAUUCUUUUUCAAGGGAUACGUAACCGGGCAGAGUUUCGUGGACCCGGACUGGGUUCGCCCUCCACGCCUGGCGCGAGCGAAAGAAUCCGGACUGCCUUCUACGUGCACUUCAACUGAGUUCCCCACAAACUCGAAUCACACAUCCAAAGUUUUCUCGAUGCAUCCAAGGUUCCUACUCUUCUGUGGCAGUUGAGGAGAACAGCGAGUUCCUGCUUCGAGCGAAGUGUAGUGUUCUUAUUCUUCCAUGGCAUUUGUGCAAAGCCAAGGACCCUCACGACCCGUUGACGUCUGCGCAACAGAUUCGCGGAGUUUCCGGCUCCAUUCAGCUCCUUCUUACCGUUGAGAACACUGACACUGCAUACUUUCAGUUGAUUCAAAUGUUAGUCUGUUUUCGUGGAAUCUGAGAACAAGGGCGAAGCCCCUGUUUUGGC